CGCUCCUUCGUCCCACGCCCCCUCGCUCUCUCUCUCUCUCUCUCUCUCUCUCUCUCUCUCUCUCUCCGCAUAAUUUCCUCUUCGGUAACCCCCGUUUCCAAAUUCGAAACCCUAGAAUCCACAAACCCUAAACCCUAACCCCCGAUGCGGGCGAGGGGGGCGCCUCGGCGUGAGUACAUCGCGGCUCCGCGCGAGAUCUCAUUCCCCGCGAGGUGGGAGUAGCGGUCGCGUAGGAUCCGAUCGGGGGAGAUGGGAGGGGUCACGUCGACAAUGGCGGCGAAGUUCGCCUUCUACCCGCCGGAUCCGCCGUCGUACGGGGUGGCGGCGGAGGCGGAUGGGCGGCUGGUGAUGACGGAGGUGCCGAGGAAGGAGGGGGUGGAGGUGCGGAGGAUACAGACGAAGCGGGGGACGGAGAUCGUGGCCAUGUACGUGAAGAACCCCGCGGCGAAGCUUGCCGUGCUCUAUUCCCAUGGCAAUGCGGCGGACCUCGGCCAAAUGUACGAGCUCUUCGUCGAGCUAAGCAAUCACCUCCGCGUCAACUUGAUGGGGUAUGAUUAUUCUGGUUAUGGACAAUCAUCUGGAAAGGCAAGUGAGCAUAAUACUUAUGCAGAUAUUGAGGCUGCAUAUCAAUGCCUUGUGGAGACUUAUGGAACCCAAGAAGAAGAUAUUGUUCUAUAUGGCCAGUCGGUUGGUAGUGGUCCUACUUUGGAUUUAGCUACUCGUUUGCCUCGUUUGCGAGCUGUAAUUCUACAUAGUCCAAUAUUAUCUGGAUUGCGUGUAAUGUACCCUGUGAAACGAACAUACUGGUUUGACAUAUAUAAGAACAUUGAUAAAAUCCCCCUAGUGAAAUGUCCCGUGUUGGUAAUACAUGGAACAGAUGAUGAAGUUGUUGAUUGCUCCCAUGGAAAACAGCUUUGGGAGCUAUGUCAGCAAAAGUACGAGCCUCUGUGGAUCAAGGGAGGAAACCAUUGUAAUUUGGAACUCUACCCAGAAUACAUAAGGCAUCUAAAAAGAUUUAUUUCAACAAUAGAAAAGUCACCUGCAAUAAAGGAUGAACCUACUGAGAGUUCUAGUCACUCUGAGACUCCUAGAGUAAGCUCAGAUCAAUUAGAGCUGCCAAGGAAGAGCACAAAUGACAAGGAGAAAACUAGACGAAGCACCGACCGCAGAGAAAAACCCAGGCGAAGCACAGAACGCAGAGAGAAGCCAAGAUCGAGCAUUGAUAGAAAAGAGAGGUCAAGAAAAAGUAUCGACAAUUCCGACUUGGCGAAGGAUAACUCGGACCAGCCAGAAAAACCAAGGAAGAGCAUUGACCGAUUUGGAGAGAUGAUCAGAUCAGUGGGAUUGUGUAACAUAGACUGUUUCAAAGAUUCUCCUUCAAGGGCUUGAGUUUUACAGGAGGUUAGUGCGUGGUUUUGGGUUGUAUUUAUUCUUCCUUUUCCUUAUAUUUGAUCUUACAUUUGGUUGGUUUGCCAUGGUGAUGGAAUAUGUUCACUUUGUGUUUAUGAGGAAAUAAUGGGAGUAAUACGAAAAGCAUUUCAUUGUCUUCUCAUCACUGGAUUAUCUUUUGUUUUCACAUCUCUCGUUUGUUUCUCAAUGAAGGGAAUAUAUAUCUGUUGUUGGUGUGAUCUCAUA